CUGAUCCAAUUACCCAUUUCUCAGUCAGUAUCUUCGUCUCCUUCCUUGCUUAAACCCUAAUCUUCCAUGGCACUCUCUAAACCGACCUUCUUUACCCACCUCAAAGUCCUCACCACUCACCACCACCGCCACUCUCCCCCAUUCGUCAUCACUCUCCGUUUUCUCUCAUUCUCCUCUCCGGAAGAAGCCGCUGCAGAACGCCGUCGCCGCAAACGCCGCCAACGCAUCGAACCCCCGCUUUCCUCCCUCCACCGUGCCCAACAGCAAUCUCAACCCCAACAAAUCCCAAAGCCCAUUCAAAACCCUAACGCCCCCAAAGUUCCCGAACCCAUCUCUGAAGUUUCUGGCAAACGCCUUGAUCUCCACAACCGCAUUUUAACCCUUAUCCGCCAGAAUGACCUUGAAGAGGCUGCGCUUUUCACGCGUCACUCGAUAUACUCUAAUUGCCGACCGACCAUCUACACCGUCAAUGCUGUCCUUAAUGCUCAGCUCCGCCAGUCCAAAUACUCCGAUCUCCUUUCCCUUCAUCGCUUCAUUAUUCAGGCUGGUGUGGCUCCCAAUAUAAUUACUCAUAAUUUAAUCCUACAGACUUAUCUGGAUUGCCGGAAGCCGGAUACAGCGCUUGAGCACUAUAAGCAGCUAAUCAAUGAUGCUCCCUUUAACCCUUCUCCGACAACUUAUCGGAUUUUAAUUAAAGGGCUAGUGGAUAAUGGGAAAGUUGAGAAAGCUUUGGAGUUGAAAGACGAGAUGGUGGUGAUUAAAGGCUUCACUCCAGACCCACUUGUUUAUCAUUAUCUGAUGGUUGGGUGCGCGAGAAAUUCAGAUUCCGAUGGGGUUUUUAGGCUUUUUGAGGAGUUAAAGGAGAAGAUGGGUGGGUCUGUGGAUGAUGGUGUGGUUUAUGGGGUUUUGAUGAAGGGUUAUUUCAUGAGGGGAAUGGAAAGUGAGGCUAUGGAGUGUUAUGAAGAGGCCGUGGGGGAGAAUUCAAAGGUUAAGAUGAGUGCCGUUGCUUACAAUUCAGUAUUGGAUGCGUUGUGCAAGAAUGGUAAGUUUGAUGAGGCUUUGAGGUUGUUUGAUAGAAUGGUACAAGAACAUAACCCACCUAGACGUUUGGCUGUGAAUUUGGGGAGCUUUAAUGUGAUGGUUGAUGGAUACUGCGCACAAGGGAGAUUUGAAGAUGCCAUUGAGGUUUUCAGAAAGAUGGGUGAUUAUAGAUGCAAUGCAGAUGUCUUGUCAUAUAAUAAUUUGAUUGAUCAGUUGUGCAAAAAUGGACUGUUGGUUAAGGGUGAGGAGCUAUAUGGAGAGAUGGAUGGGAAGGGGGUGAAACCAGAUGAGUAUACUUAUGGGCUAUUGAUGGAUACUUGCUUUGAAGAGAAUAGAGUUGAUGAUGGGGCUGCAUACUUUAGAAAGAUGGUGGAUUCAGGGUUGAGACCUAACUUGGCAGUUUACAAUAGAUUGGUCGAUAAGUUGGUUAGUGUGGGAAAGAUUGAUGAGGCAAAAUCGUUUUAUGAUUUGAUGGUGAAGAAACUUAAGAUGGAUAAUGCGAGCUACAAGUUUAUGAUGACAGCAUUGGCAGAUGCAGGGCAGAUGGAUGAGCUGCUUAAAAUGGUUGAAGCAAUGUUGGAUGAUGAGGCGAUCGAGUUUGAUUCUGAGUUGCAGGUAUUUGCUAAGGAACUAUUGGGAAGAGAUAAUAGAGAAGAGGAGUUGACGGAGCUUAUGGAGAAGAAGGAGCGGGAGAAAGCUGAAGCGAAGGCUAAGGAGGCUGAGGCAGCUGAGGCUGCCAAGAGAAGUGCAAGGGCUGCUGUUUCUUCUUUGCUUCCAUCGAAGUUGUUUGGAAACAAGGAAAAUGAGACAGAGUCAAAUACGACAAAUGGAAAUGCAGUUGAGGAAACCUCUGCAAAUGGAGGAGUUCAAACUGAGAAAGAAGAGACUGUUGAGGAAGCUGCAGUUGUAGGAUCUGCUGCUGAUGACAUGAAUUUAAAUGCUACUCGUUGAAUUUGUAAGCAUUUGUUCUAUUCUCACUGAAGAAGCAAAGACACGCGGCUGGAGCUAUAUACAUUAUAAUUUGCUUUAUUUGUGAACUUCGUAGAUAUUCAAGAAUUAAUUAUUAUGCCUUGACUUUAUGCAGUCUUUUAAUAUUGAUAAAAAUGAGAUGAUUUGAAUGAGGAGCUUCACAUUA